GCUCCACGUAACAACUCUUUCCCUACUGCACAUUAAACGCUCGUUUCUAGCCUUAUUUGUGGGUUAAUUCAUUUUUUAAUUUUUGCAGUUCUCCAUAAUAUAAUACAAAACACUACUUGUUUUUUGGAAAACCUUCAUCCUGAGCCUUUAGACGCUUUCUUCUUCUUCGUUCCAUAACUUCACGAUUCAUCCGGCUUUCAUGAAUUGAUUGUUUUCUAUUUAUUAUUUAAACAUUAUUAGCUAUUUUUUCUCUCGUAUAAACGACUAAAAAUUUCCGAGUAUAGAAAAAUGAGUACAUCUGGGGACACUUCCAAUACAAUUCACCAUAUUGAGGAUGCUCCUAUAGAAACAGGUAGCGUCUCUGCUUGGUCAUCUAAUGGGCGUACGGCAGGAUUUACUUUGCAUCCAUAUACCCUCAAAGGAUCUACUUUUAUUACAAGUAAGCAGGUGAGUUUGUACGAUGCAAAAUCUUCAGGUCCUUUUGAAGAGGCAGAAGGAAACCUAUAUGAAUUUCAACAACCUUCUCCUUUAAUUGGGCCCACAGAACUAUUGGUUUCAUGGUACGAAUUAUGGGAAGAACUUCAAGACGUUUCUCUAACGCCUACCAUGGACGAUGAGUUAAACCAGCUGGUGUUAGUUCAGUUUUAUGGAAAAAUAAGUUCUUUGUUUCGUUCAAAGAUCAACCAUGUUUUAGAAUACUUUCAAGCCCAAAUUAACAAUGGACAACAAGAGCUCCAGCCCACUCUUGAUACUCUCUGGGAAGUUGAAUCUGCAUGGCGCUGUGCGGAAGCAAUAUAUUUUCCUUCUUCCUCUCCUUACACUUUGGCAACAGCAAUAAUGGACUGGGUUAACUCUUACGAUCCUCAGCCCGUGGCUGAAGAUGGACUGGAAAUCAUGACCUACCGAAUUCCUUAUCAACAUCCUUCCUUUUGGUCUUAUGUGAAUAAAACUGCGAUUCGUGGGUUAUUCGAGCAAACUAUUUCUUGUUUAGAGUCUUCGGGAUUGACCAAAGAAAUACCCACCUUGGAAAAUUCAGUGAAUGAUAUUGUAGAUAUUUUGAAGUAUUGCCCAUGCUUGCAUCAAAAGUCAAUUCGCUCUGCUUUUGACUUUGAAAAGCGAUGGAAGAUGUGGCGUUCACGGAUAGCGCAUCUUCGUCAAGUUAUGAUGAAUUACAAUGAUAUACCAACUGAAGUUCGAAACUGCUUGGUUUCUUUGUUGGACAUUCUAAGUGGUAACAAAGAAGAAAUCAAAGCUAACUGUGGUCAUUGGCAAGAGUACUUUUCAGCUUUAGCAUUCUUAUACGAUCCUUUGGAUUGUAAGAACCCAGCUCAAGUCUCUAUAUUGUAUCAAAUGUCAACUGCAGAAGAUUCAAAUUUUUACAUAGACCCUACUUUGGAAUUUGAACAACUUUGCGUUACAUUGUGCAAUAAUCAGCCAUUGGAUGCUAUUCAGCAUUCUUAUAUGUUGGAUCUCGGCCUCGCUGUUCACUUGGCUGAUUUUCUACAUAAAACCGGAUAUAUUAAAGAAUAUUUUACCGAAGAACUCCCCGUUACACUUCGCGAACAUCUUUUGCUUGAAUAUGGUGAAACCAUUUUAGAAACAAAAGGCAUCUGGCAAGUCGCUUUUGCAUAUUGGAAACUUGUUCCGGGGUACGGACACCAGCGAAUUAAAUCCUUAAUUCACAGGGUCCCUAUGCAUAACAUUGUUGAAAAAGAUGAAGCUUUAAAUAUCUGCCAAGAAUUGGAUCUACAAGAAGAAGCACACUGUGUUAUGUCUCACUGGGCAACGAACUUAAUCGCGGAAGGUGCUUAUGGUGAAGCACUUAUUAUUUUGGAUAAGGCUGGUGAUUAUACUGCAAUGAAUAGAGUAACUUGGGAAAUUUUCAACCUCUGUCUCCAAAACCAAAAACCGAUUGAUGCUUCAGAAGAUGAAACUCUAUUUGAUCUGCUGAGCACUCCUCGCAUAUGUUCGCCAACCUUGGCUUCCAUCCUUUCUCCUGCCGCUGCCAUCCACCAGUACUUCAUUUGUAAAGAAACUGAUAAUCCUCGUCAAGCAGGUGAAUUGCUUAUAGGGUUAUUAAAAAUGAUCAAUUCUCCCAAACUUUAUCAAGGAAAGCUUUUGAAAGAAUUGCUUUUAUUUACAAGAAAUUUAAAAAAUUAUCAGACUAUUUCUCUGGCAAGUGCAUACGACUGCAUUGCGUGUUUAGAAGAUCAUGAAAAACAUAUAUCGGAUUCUAAACUCGUCAGAGAUAUCCGAGUCCAGUUGGCUUCUAUUGUUUCAUGGAACUUUCUGAAUACUGUAAAAUAAAAGCUAAAAAGCCUCUUACAAGACUUUCCUGAAAUAAAUUAGGAAAGGUAGUACAAGCUAGGGUUUAUAGCAAUACGUCCUUCUGUAUUGACGUCUUCUUAAAGAGCAUUUUAUUAUUUACUACUUUUUUCUGUGCUGUGUUCUUUACCCGUACAAUGUUCUUUACAAUUGAUUCCUCCCAUUUUUUGCCAUAUAAAAAUUAUCGUAUUAAUACGCUAAAAUAUUACAAAAUAUUACCUUAAUUUUAUAAAACUAAAGAAUAUAUCGGUUUACGACGUUACCUGAGACAAGACAAAACAGAAUACGUGGAAAUACAAAUUCAGAAACCAAUGGAAAUUGACUGGUUCUUGAGUUAAACGUAUUUAGUUUGCUAAAAAAGAAAAGCUAUAUGCAGAAUAACUUUUUCCAGAUAAAUUUUCCAGUGUGAAAUGUUUUGUUGAUCGAGCUUAUUAACAUGUUUAUUAAUACAUCUCAGGUCGUCAUGAAGCAUUCCUAUGAUUCCUGCAUAAUAACUAAUGUAGCUAUUAGAGCUUCAAUGAACUUUCAAAUCACUACUAAAAAUACCCAUUCCUUAUUCUCAAUCAACUAUAAUUAUCCGGUUUAGUAUUAUUCCCGUCACUUAUCAAACAUGUAUCAUACUAAUUAAUACGA